AAUUAAUGAAGCCUAAAAAUAGAAGAAUCAACCGACUUUAGAGUUGGAUUGAUACUAGGGCACGUCUUAGUAUUUACAUCCUAUGGUUAGCCUUGGAGUUUUUUGUAUUUAUAGCAGUGUUGAGAACUCUCUUUUUCUUCCCUAUCUUCCUCUAUUCAACCCCCAGCUGACUUUUUCAUCAGUUCAAAGCUUUUGAUUGUUGCAGAACAACAAUGGUGAAAACUUCUAGCAGUGAUAAUGGCGGCAGUGAUGGGUUGAAGAAGAAGAAAUGGAGAUUAACCAAAGAAGAUUUCCUACCGGAGGAGUCCUUCCAGAACUGGGGAAACUAUGUCGCCGCAUUGUCCAACACCAAGGCCAGAGUCAUGGACCGUCUCCUUUCUCGGUCCCUGGAUGAGGUCGAGCUGCACCAGGUGCGGGCUCGCAGCCAGCACGAAAUGAAGAAAACCCUCAAUUGGUGGGACAUCAUCUGGUUCGGCAUUGGCGCCGUUAUGGGUGCAGGUAUCUUCGUCCUCACAGGGGAAGCUAUGAGGAACUACGCUGGCGCCGCCGUCAUAAUCUCCUACAUCAUAUCGGGUACCUCUGCUUUGCUCUCUGUUCUGUGCUACUCUGAAUUUACUGUUGAAUUGCCUGUUGCCGGAGGGUCAUUUGCGUAUCUUAGAGUGGAGCUUGGAGAUUUCAUCGCGUACAUUGCUGCCGGAAACAUCCUUUUCGAGUAUGUAGUAGGCGGCGCCAGCGUUGCGCGAUCUUGGACUUCUUACUUUGCUACUUUAUGCAACCAUGCACCGAAUAGCUUCCGCAUCCAUGUACCGUCCCUGGCGGAUAAUUACAACUAUUUGGACCCGAUUGCCGUCGGUAUUUCGAUCCUGGUCUGUGUGGGAGCAAGUUUGAGUAUCAAGGGAUCGUCAAGGUUCAACUCCAUCACUACCAUCGCUCACAUUUUUGUUCUGCUCUUCAUUAUCAUUGCUGGUCUUACCAAGGCGAACCCCAAGAAUUUCGUCGAACAGUUUGCCCCGUUUGGAAUCCGGGGAAUCCUGAAAGCUUCUUCCGUUCUGUUCUUCGCUUAUGUGGGCUUUGAUGGAGUGGCCACGCUCGGAGAGGAGAUCAAGAAUCCGCGUCGGGAUAUUCCGAUUGGAUUGAUCGGAUCCAUGGCGAUUAUCAUAGGUUUCUACACCGCUCUCUCCGCAACUCUUGCCUUGAUGGUGCCGUACAAUCAGGUUGAUCCCGACGCACCAUUUACUGUGGCAUUCAAAGCUACGGGCAUGAACUGGGCCAAAUACAUCGUCGCAUUUGGUGCUCUGAAGGGCAUGACUACCGUUCUGCUAGCCAACAUAAUAGCUCAAGGGCGGUAUUUCACCCACAUUGGCCGGACUCACAUGGCGCCACCGUUUCUGGCCGCCAUCAAUGAGAAGACUGGAACUCCAAUGAAUGCCACCAUCGUCAUGACCAUUUUGAACUCCAUCGUUGCUCUCUUCACCAGCCUUGACGUCCUGGCGAACCUUCUUUCUAUAGCCACUCUGUUCUUGUUCUCACUUGUGGCCCUGGCUCUUAUAGUCCGACGUUACUACGUCGCUGGACAGACCACAGAUUCUGAUCGGAACAAGCUCAUUGGAUUCCUGAUUCUGAUUCUGGCAUCGUCAAUAGCUUCUGCUGCAUACUGGGCGGUGAACACCGGAUGGAUUGGUUACACAAUAACAGUUCCGGUUUGGUUUCUCUCCACCCUGGGGCUUCAACUGACAGUGAAGGAAGCAAGGAAGCCUAAGCUAUGGGGUGUGCCAUUGAUCCCAUGGAUACCUUCAGCCUGCAUUGCCAUCAAUCUGUUCAUCAUGGGUUCAGUUGACGGGGCUUCCUUCGCGAGGUUUGGGGUCUGGACGUUGCUCCUGCUGGUGUACUACUUCUUUAUAGCACUGCAUGCUUCCUAUGAUGCAGCCAAAGAGAUUGAAAAAGAAGCCAGUGAAUCUGCUCAGGGAAGUAUUUGAGGCAGGUAGGUAAAUAUGAUUCAAAUAAGAAAGUCACAUGUGGCUAAAACCAGUAGAAUUGUUCCUUUUAUUAUAUUUUAUUUUGUAAAUCUCAAUCUCUUUGAUGAUUGGAUGAAACUUUAAUUAGUUUGUUUCUUAUAAAGUACACAUCAGUUG